AUGCCUCUGCGGCUCGCCCACCCAGCAUGGAAAGCAUAUCGCGCUGGCGCUUUGCCUCGGGUCGUCUUCAUCGAGCACCUGCUUGCCCUAUUCAAGAGCCUCUACGAGGUUCACAUGCGCCUAGUGUUGAAAGAGAGGGGCAAGCUCAGCAAGGGAGCUUGCGAAUUUGUCCUCGAUUCUCUUUGGGACGUGUUGCAGAGUAGGCUGGACGAUCAAGGCACCUCCCCCAUUGAAGAGAUUGAGGUUGAGGUUACAGUUUGCGCACUGCGCAGGCUUUGAAACUGGAUACACGCUGUCCAAAAUCCCUUGCAAGCGCUUUCAAGCACAGUCUCAGCUGCAGCAUCCAAGACGCUGA